UCAGGUGUGCAAGGCAUAGGCAUAGUGGUGGCCUGCGGAAGCGAAGGCUAGUUUGUGUGUUUCUGAACAUUCAAGCGAUGCCAACGCGAAUCCCGCGAAUUAUUAAAACUCUGUUACUCGCUAGCGUGCCGAACAAAAACCAGGUCACACUUGGCACUGCAGGGACACUCCUCACUUGCACGCGUCUGCACUAGUAGUCAGCACAUCCAGUAACAUUAUUCCCUCCGGUCUGCAGUUGGAGGUUGAUUCAAUGAAUUGAUCUGGAACUGAACGUUUCCUGGAAAGGAGAAGGUCACGAAGGUGCUGGUAUUUGUCAGAGGAGUUUCUCCAGUUAGGGCGUAUGUUGUAUCGUGUCUCGUAGUGGGAGUCUUGAACGAUAGGAGCGUCUGCCGGCGCGCUGACACCAUCUCGUUGAGAAAAUGAAGUGCGGAGUGCCGCCCAUCGUUGUGCUGAUCAUACAUGUAGGUGUGUUCGGAGUGAUACUACGGGACACUGGAGCAACAGCCUCGACAGCAUGCAUUUUGUCUGGAAGUGCAGGAAAUCUUACCAUUGAUAAUCACGCUAGGCUGACAAGUGCGCCCGGCGCUGGACCACUUCGCCAACCGCGGACAAUUGUCCCUUUCCCGAACAUAUCCUUCUACAGCAGCUGUUCACUUGUCCAGAUUGAUAUUAUUGCAGACGGGCUUGGGUCGCUCUGCUACCCGAACUUGGCCAUAUUGGAGGAAUUCCCUGGAAAAAAGUAUCAGACUGCCUCUAAACUCAUUCCACCUAGUACACAUAUGGGGGGCAUUGCAACAUGGACUGCGGUGCCCCUUGAUGGCUACAUAUCUGAUAACAGCAGUGUGACGAAAGCUUAUAUACUUGGGAUCGCCGUUCAAGCCAACUGCCAGUUGAAUACAAAAGUCAUCUCAUCGGAAUUCGCUUUCGUCUUGCUGCAAGGCACAGCACCAAGUGUGUUAGAGAAGUUUCAUGCUGGAAACCUAGAACCUCGUGUCACAUUGACCAUCCGUGCAUUGGAUGCGUGCCAUCAUGCUGCAUGUGAUACCUGCCAGACCCUCUAUCAAAGCUGUCCUGCAUUAGCGGAUGCAAGUGGAACAAGUCAGCUUCAAUACUAUUGCAGUAGUGCAUCUAACUACACCUGCUCAACAUCAACUGUCCUGCAGCCUACAAACCGUACAACACAGCCGACAACCUCUCCUCAACAGAACACCUCUGUAGCAGUUACAGCAACGAGUGUCGACGUGGCUACAUCUUACACACAAAAAUAUAACUCGCCCGGUGAGACAUCCUCCCCACAUCCCAGCCCAUUGACAGGAACAUCCAAGCCUGAUUCAUCCGCUCCAGUAUCACAAAUUAUUACAAGUGCAGAUGUGGCCAUCAUUUAUGUCUCGGGGCCAUCAACUAGCGUCAUCUUGGCCAUUGGUGUGCCCUUGAUAAUCCUCGCACUGUGCUUGCUACUAGUACUACUGUACCGAAGGAAGAAGCGCACCUCUCUGGCAGAAGCUGAUCAGUCACGGCUGCGACAUCUAGAGUCCGGAAACGGGCUGAUGCUCCCGCGUCCCUCGGGUAGCUUUGCAGCCCAACCUCAGACAAGUAGUGGAGCAGCACAAAAUCCGUCCGAGACUGUAUGCUAUGAUAUUGCGUUGGAACCAGUAAAAGCAAGUAAUUCCAUGCGGAUUUCCAGGUCUUCGGCCAUUGCUGACGGUGAGAACCAGCGCCCUGACGAUGCGGACGUUCCAAUGGCUUCAUUGAACAGUGAACAUCACCUCGCCCCGCUAUACUCUGAGCCGGACGCACCUGCAGAUGCCAAUGCCAGAGCGCAGGGAUGUCACUACACGCUACCAUCUACAGGUACACAAUCACGUGCCAACCGCUAUGAAAGCCUGGGUCCCCAUAGCAACGCUCUCCCUGGUGGUACAUCUCCCACUGAGAAUGGAGCAACCAAUGCUGGGAACACGCCCGUAUAUUUCUCCUUUACUCAUGACAAUACUCGGCAUCAGGUCUACUAGAACGUCUCCACGGAGCUGUCAGGCGCCGUCAAACUGUGAACACAACUACGAUUCCAUAUCUGCUGAUCUGUAAGAAGACCUUGAGUCUGUGGGGACUGCCCUAUUAAAAUAUGAAUAGAUAAUAAUCUUUGUUCAUUUUUCAGUUGCAAGUUUAUUGUUAGUACACGCAUUCGUCAUUGCUCUCGCUUUCAUUGUUAAAAUUCACACUUGUAAAUUUCACUGCUGUUGUUCUUAGCGUUCUUAGAUUUUCUAUAA